CUUAUUCCGCCAGGGGCAAGAAAAAAUCCACGGGCCCACCGCACGUCGUUGCCGACGACAGCGGCCCCGGUGAGCGCCUAUUUAAAUGUUCCUUUUCAUGCCCAUCGACGAAUAGAGAGAGAGAGGGUUUCGCUUUGGAGACGAACGCCUGCAGGUUUUAGGAUUUUCCCCACCUUCUUUAUAGGACAGCAUGGCCAACAUCGACAUCGAAGGGAUCCUGAAGGAGUUGCCGAACGAUGGACGCAUCCCGAAGACGAAGAUCGUGUGCACUCUCGGCCCGGCGUCGAGAUCGGUGCCUAUGUGCGAGAAGCUCCUCAGGGCUGGAAUGAGUGUCGCCAGGUUCAAUUUUUCGCACGGCACGCACGAGUACCACCAGGAGACCCUCGAUAACCUCAGGAUGGCCAUGCAGAACACGCAGAUCUUGUGCGCCGUCAUGCUGGACACAAAGGGUCCUGAGAUCCGAACAGGCUUUCUGAAGGAUGGAAAGCCAGUGCAGCUGAAAGAGGGUCAAGAAAUUAUUAUAUCUACUGAUUAUACCCUCAAAGGUGAUGGAAACACGAUUACCAUGAGCUACAAGAAAUUGCCCGUAGACCUGAAGCCUGGAAAUACCAUCCUCUGUUCUGAUGGUACCAUCACUCUCACUGUUCUUUCUUGCCAUCCUGACAAGGGGACCGUGAGAUGCCGCUGCGAGAACACUGCAGUCCUUGGUGAGCGAAAGAAUGUAAAUCUGCCUGGCGUUGUUGUAGAUUUGCCCACGCUCACAGAGAAGGACAAGGAGGACAUCUUAAAGUGGGGUGUACCAAACAAGAUUGACAUGAUUGCACUCUCUUUCGUUCGUAAAGGGUCUGAUCUUGUGCAUGUACGACAAGUACUCGGGCCACAUGCAAAGACCAUCAAACUGAUGUCAAAGGUGGAGAAUCAGGAGGGGGUGAUCAACUUUGAUGAAAUUCUUCGGGAGACCGAUUUUUUCAUGGUUGCUCGUGGUGACCUUGGAAUGGAGAUCCCAGUGGAGAAAAUAUUCCUGGCACAGAAGAUGAUGAUCUACAAAUGCAACCUGGUGGGGAAGCCUGUGGUUACCGCAACACAGAUGCUCGAGUCCAUGAUCAAGUCGCCCCGUCCAACACGUGCUGAGGCGACAGAUGUAGCAAACGCUGUCCUGGAUGGGACUGAUUGCGUGAUGCUUAGUGGAGAGAGUGCUGCUGGUGCCUACCCAGAGCUUGCAGUUAAGAUCAUGGCUAGAAUCUGCGUUGAGGCUGAAUCUUCACUUGACUAUGGUGCCAUCUUCAAAGAAAUGAUAAAGUCCGCACCUCUGCCCAUGAGCCCUCUAGAGUCUCUCGCAUCAUCUGCUGUGCGGACUGCGAACAAGGCCCGGGCAACCCUUAUAAUUGUGCUGACGCGCGGCGGCACGACUGCAAAGUUGGUGGCCAAGUACAGGCCUGCAGUGCCAAUUCUAUCUGUGGUGGUUCCGGUCUUGACAACCGACUCCUUCGACUGGACCUGCAGCGACGAGAGCCCGGCAAGGCACAGUUUGGUACACAGGGGUCUGAUCCCCAUGCUGGCUGAAGGUUCUGCCAAAGCCACAGAUGCGGAAUCUACGGAGGUCAUCCUGGAUGCUGCACUGAAAUCUGCUUCCCAGCGGGGCCUGUGCAAAAAAGGAGAUGCCAUCGUCGCAUUGCACCGAAUUGGUGUUGCGUCGGUCAUAAAAAUCUGCUAUGUUAAAUGAAAAAAGAGCUAGGUUGAUACAGCUCAGAAAUUUUGAGGAGUGUCUUGGGCCUCCUCCGUCGUUUUGAUUUCCGUCCAUAGAGAUCUGCCAUAAAGCUAUGAUACUUCGUUUUUCCUUUUGUUGUUUUGAGAUAAUGUUUUAGAAGCUUAUUUAUGGUUUUCACAUCAACUCUGUUAUAUGAGGGGGCAUUAUCGCCUGGUUUACCGUGCUAGUAACAGAUCGGAUCAGAUGUCUGGAUCUGUAAUACCUGUCUCAUCCUUGCGAAAUCAAAGAACAUGAAUAAAGGUGGACAAUUUUUUUGGUCGGUUCA